CGCUAGUUUCUACUCAUCUCAGCUCACAUCGAUAUCCUAGCUACCUUAUCCUUCAAUCUAUUUUUCUUAUUGAUUAUCUCAUACGAUCGUAGAUUUAACAAAAUGAGAUUGCUGUUUGUGUCCGUCUCUCUAAAACUAUUUGUCGGAUUUUUCCUCAACAAAUGUGAUGGCAGUGAUGACUACUAUGUUAAUGCCACUCUAGUACACAGUGAUCCCGGAGCAGUUUGCUUGACGGGAAAACCUGCAUCGUACUACUUUGACAAUGGAUUCAGCAGUGGAACACGUAAUUGGCUAGUAUAUCUUCAGGGAGGAGGAUGGUGCAACAAUCUCCAAUACUGUGUCAAAUAUGCUCACGACAGAAACAUAACCAUAGACCUUAAACCGUACAACUUCCGUUACAUACUGAGCAACAAGGAAGGUGAAAAUCCAGAUUUCUUCAACCGGAAUAAGGUCAUGAUUCGAUAUUGUGAUGGCUCGUCAUUCACGUCGGACUCGCCCAAAACUGAUGAGUAUAAUGGCACCAAGCUCUACUUUUGAGGUUUGUCACGAGCUCGGAAUGAUAUUGGCGGAAAAUGUGUCACAAAUCUCAAUUUUAGCUCAAGUUAUGUAUACCAGACGUCGGUUCGAGUUUUGUGUUAUUUGGAGACAAAAUCAGGAAUUUAGAGUCCGGCACCGACGCUUGAAGAGAAAUCGGGACAACUUGAGAAGCAUUCGUGAGUGAAUUGAUAGCUUCGGAGCUCACCGGGAGGUUCACCAAUGAAGAUUUGAUGACAAAAGAGCUUUAGGAUUGGCUACAGGAUCAAAAGAAGACAAAUAGAGCUUGAAAACGAUGUUCGGAAUGUCCUUAUGUCAAUCGUUCAAACAUAUCUCUUUGUAGAAGCAUCCAAAGGACACGAAUAAAGUUGCAUAUGAAAUCCAACUUCAAGGGCUAUAAAUCAUAUGAAGACACCAUUGCAAGAAUCUGAGAGGAAGAAGGUGAAAACAGACAAUGAAGUCAGAUGAUCCAUGUUGCGAUUUCAGAAUGAGACCUUCCACCAUUUUAUUAAUAUCUCUUGAUUGGAUGAUCCCAAAUCCCUAAUUAAGCUGUAAACCCCUGUGCGUGGGCGCCGUGCGUGCCUCCUGGAGUCCUAAUUUCGCCCGAAUUGCUCCGUUUUUACUAUUUAAACAGCCUGUAAACCCCUGUUUUGAGGGGGGGAGCUUAAAGAGAGCCCUAGGGACGAAAUUUCUUCUACUUUUCCAUCUUGUUUUUCAAUUCCCUUGGAUUAUUUGUAAGUUACAUCUUUUUAAUUAAUGACAAUUAAUUCUAUUCUUCCCAAUUCUAUUGAUUCUUCAAUUAUGAAUUGUGAGUAGUUUUAAUUAGGGAUUUGGGAUUGAUGAAGGGGUAAAUCAUGAUGUAUG